AUGGAUAGAGAUUUCUUCCUUAAUGCAGGGCUCCACUUCGAACCCUCGUCUCAAAUGUCGUCAUGGAAGUUGAUGGCAUCGGUGCCGGAGAUGAAUUGUCCCCCGGAGCAAUCUUCCGUCGACAGAUUCAACCAUUUUGAAUCGGCUCUUAGCUCAAUGGUCUCCUCCCCUGUUUCCAGUUCAGUGGCUAACAACGAUAACUUUGCUGUUCGUGAAUUGAUCGGAAAAUUGGGUAGCAUUCGCAAUGGUGGCGGUGAGGUUUCUCUGGCUGCCAUAGCUCCGGCGACGGCGACGGUGACAGCUCGUUACAACAGUAACAAUACUUCAUGUUAUAAUACACCACUGAGUUCACCACCAUCGAAAUUAAAUUGGCCAAUCGCCGAUCAUUUUGCGAAAGAAACAACACCCACUUUGCGAAAUUCAAUCCCGUACGGCGGCGCUGGUUUGCCGUCGCUGGCGGCGGAUCCUGGUUUCGCAGAGAGGGCGGCGAAGUUUUCUUGUUUUGGUAGUCGGAGCUUUAAUGGCAGAAGUAGUCAAUUAGGGUUAAACUCAAACAACCCUGAUUUCCAAUCUAGAUCUAGUGUUUCACCAUUAUCAGGAAAUGCAAAACUGCAUCGUGUUUCCAGUAGUCCUUCAUUGAAAAUCGAUGGAUCUGCCAUGGCCGCCAUUCAAGAAAACAAGAAUCCAACCGAAACCCACAUCAACGGGUCGGGUUCUGAUAAUAAAACCAACUCCAUUGAAGAUUUCUCUGCUUCUGAACAAAUGGGAUUCAAGAAUCAGAACGAUUCGAAUUCUAGAAAGCGAAAAUCAUCAUCUUCAAGAGGAAAAGCCAUGGAAAUUGCUUCCACGAUUGUAAAGGAAGAAGGUAAUGAUGAUUCGAAUUCGAAAAAACCGAAGAAAACAGAGAAAGAGAGCAAAACAGAGAUAGAUACAAAUGGUGAAACAGAGAAGAAAACAAAUCUUCCAGAACCACCAAAAGAUUACAUUCAUGUUAGAGCAAGAAGAGGCCAAGCAACUGAUAGCCAUAGUUUAGCAGAAAGAGUUAGGAGAGAGAAAAUAAGUGAAAGAAUGAAGCUUCUUCAAGAUCUUGUUCCAGGUUGCAAUAAGGUCACCGGAAAAGCACUUAUGCUCGAUGAAAUCAUCAACUACGUUCAAUCAUUACAACAUCAAGUUGAGUUUCUAUCCAUGAAAUUAGCAACAGUAAAUCCAAGAUCAGAUUUUGAAAUCUCCAAAGAUAUGAGUCAAUCAAAUGGGAAUUUAUCUCAACAAUUAUACCCAAUCGAAUCAUCUGCGUCAGAUUUCUAUCAGCAAAACCCACAACAACAAGUACUCUUCAUUGGGUCUACUCCGAUCACCCAAUCUCCGGUGGACCCAUUAACCCCUGUUCAUCGAUUCACCGAACCUUUCUCCCAGUUUGCAGGAUUUGAAGGCGAUGAUCUUCAUAGCAUUGUGAAGAUGGGUUUUGGAGACAAUCGUAAUAAUCAAACAUCUGAGAUGAAAAUUGAGCUCUGACCAUCGAUUGUAAAUACAAGAAAGGGAGUAUUUUGAGUUGGAUUUUAGAAUAAUUCAAGUGUUAUUUUUGCGAUUUUAUCCAUUUUUAGGUCUAAUUCUUUUGAUCUUUGGGUUAAUUUCGUUCAAUAUGUAUUGUAUUAUAGAAAUAUUGUGUGCAGUGGAAGGUUAAAGAGACACCACAUUUGUAAUAUAU